UUAGUGUACGGAAGUUUGAUUUUCAUCGAGUUGUAUCCAUCCAGCUGCUCUCGGAGACUAGAAAUAUACGCAAUUUGCAAACCACAAUGGUUUCCAAGUAGUUUUGGCAUCGUUUUAAUCCCAUCAUAGGCUAUUGUAGAUACAAAAAAAACAACUGUAUGUCCUGUUUAGACCUAACGCUUAAAUGCUGUGAUGCUAGCCUUCUAGCUAGGUAGAGUAUCAAGAUGACACAAGUUCCAGCUCCCGGAUCCGUCGUCGUAUCUGACUGGCAUCGAUGUAAAGACAGCAAAGACUAUUUCAGCAAAAUCCUACACAAGAAAAGGCGGAAAAACUUCGGGCUGUUGGAGUCCCCAGUGAUGUCCCCACUUAAUGCUGUGGACACAGUUCAGUAUAAAAUCUUCAUCUCCGGCAAGAGUGGAGUUGGAAAAACUGCUCUUGCUGCACGUCUUGCAGGCCUGAAUAUUCCUAACAUGCAUUAUGAAACCACAGGUAUUGAGACAACAGUAGUGCAUUGGCCAGUGAAACUAACAGAAAAUGGCAGAGUGUUAUUUUUCCGCCUGCAGCUUUGGGACUGUGGAGAAAAUGCUUUGCGAAGAUUUGACCAUUUGCUUCCGUCCUGUAAGGAACAGGUGGAUGCUGUCUUGUUCCUCUUCUCCUUCACUGACAGGACGUCAUUUGAAGAUCUUUCAAAUCAGAUAAAGAAGUGGACUGAACCACCUCUGGAUCGAGUUGUUAAAUUAGUGGUUGGCACCAAGUUUGAUCUUUUCAUGCACUGUGAUGUAGCAGAGAAAGAUGUGAGGGGUUUCCAGAUGACGUCGGGUUUACCGGUGCUGCGUAUGGGAGGGGAGGUCAGUGAUGGACUUGGUGACGUAGCCCCCCUCCUCAACUGCCUGGCAGAAAACCUGUGGCAUCAGGACUGUGUUACAGUCGGAUCAGGCAGCUACCGUUCACAGCGGGAGACAGCAACUCUAAUUUAAUGUCAAUAUUACAUGGAGACCAUGAACAGUUUCAUCUUUUGGUGGCAUCCCCUUUGUCUGCCAUGAGGUGAAAUGGAGACAGGCACUGUUGAGACAGGCUGCUGUCUGUAAUCUCAGCCUUUCCUUCCGAUGACUUUUUUUUAACUCUGACAAGUAUGUUUUGUUUAUCUACUAGCAGAAUGGUGUAAAAUCUACUUCAGAUUUUCAUGACACUUGAUGCAAGGACAUGAGCCAAGGUUGCAUCUAUUAAAAGCUGGAGCUGAUUCACAAAACAAUACAUUCCAUUUAGUUUUUCCACUAACAUUGUGUUUCAUGAAUUGCAGAGCUGCCAGUUCAUGGCAGAAGGACAUAAUAUCUAGGUAAUUUUUAUUGUUAAGUUUGACUGCCUUAUUUCACAGAUAUUAUGCAAUUAUUAUAAUUUGUGUUUCAUAGCUUUCCCUGGUACUAAAAAUUGUAAGAAAGAUUUAUUUGGGUGGUUUCAGUCGCUGUAAAGGGGCUCUGUUCAUUUGCCAAAAAGCAUAAAUUGUACAUUAGGCACUGUGGUAACAUUACCAACAAGGAUUUGUUUAAUUUUUU